AUGAGGGUAUUCCCCGAUGAUAUUGAACACAACCACGGUGACAGUCAUAGCGACGAUGAGGAGAGCGAUGAAGAGGGAAAUGAAAAUCUCAUAGCAAUCACAGGCUACUCUGGCCGUUUUCCAGGGGCUGAAAGUGCGGAAGAGCUCUGGGAUGUCCUUUGUAAUGGUCGUGAUACCUCGAGCCGAAUGCCACGUGAAAGGGUCUCCGAUAGCCAUGGCAAUAUCUUGCCCACUGGGUGCUUCAUCGAACAAGCCGGUCACUUUGACAGAAAGUUCUUCAACAUGUCGGGCAGAGCAGCUUUGCAGACAGACCCAUCACAGAGGCUGUUGCUACUCACGACGCAAGAGGCCUUGGACAUGUCAGGCUAUAACAAGGAUAUCCACACACGGCACGUGGGAACAUUUGUUGGACAGGCUACGGAUGACUGGCGCGAACAUAACAUGGCGCAAGACGAUCCAUACUACGUGACAGGAGGUCUGCGCGCCUUCGGCCCCGGCCGCCUGAAUCACUUCUUUGGAUGGGAUGGCCCAUCAGUCUCAGUGGACACGGCUUGCUCCUCCAGUGCCAUGGCUCUAGAUCUUGCUGUGCAGUCUCUCCGAGGACGCAAGUGCAAUUUGGCUAUUGCUGGCGGAGCCAGCAUCAUCUCGGGUCAUGGUGAUGCCGGCAUGUACGCGGGUCUCCGUUGCGGCGGAUUUCUAGGAGCCUCCAACACAGCCUGUAAAACCUUCGACGCUACAGCGGACGGCUAUACGCGGGCUGAGGCAGUGGCUGUCGUCGUCCUCAAGCGUCUCAGCGAUGCGCGAAGAGAUGGUGACAUGGUUCAUGGCGUCAUCAGGGGCAUCGUCACGAAUCAUUCAACGGACACGAAUCCCAUCACUCGCCCUUCCGCAGAAGCUCAGAAGUCCUUAUUGCGUCGUGUUCUGAGCGAGUCUCUGAGGCAACCUGAAGAUGUGGAUUAUGUUGAGCUUCAUGGAUCCGGGACCCAGGCAGGUGAUCUUGCAGAAAUCGAAGCCGUAGCCGCCGUUCUUGGAGGGCCGCGUCGUCGCCGCCCCAGGGGCUCACCAGGUAAACCAUCCAGUGAGCUACUGAUCGGCAGCAUCAAGGCCAAUAUUGGACACAGCGAGGGCGCAGCCGGUGUAUCAGCUUUGGUAAAAACGCUUCUCAUGAUUCGUCAUGACCGAGUUCCUCCGCAUAUCGGGCUCAGGACAGAGCUAAAUCACAAUUUCCCUCCGCUGAAAGAGCUGGAGAUUGUCAUCAACUCGAAAUCUGAGCCCUUAAAGCCACUCGAAAGGCCUUCUAAACAACGCCGAUGCCAUUCAGCCAUCAUACUUAACUGCUUCGGGGCAGCUGGCGGGAACACCAGUAUACUUGUGGAAGGCUCAAAGAAGCACUCAAAAACCACCGGUAAACAGCCCAAACGCGAAGAGAUUCAUACAACAGAGCCACAGCAACGCAUCGUUGUGGUUUCUGGCAAGAGCCGUUCUGCGCUUCAAGCCAACAAAAUGAGACUUCUUGAAUUCUUCAAGAAGGUGCCUUCUGCAGCGAUUGACGAUUUGUCUUACACCACAUGUGAACGAAGAAGUCACUUUCCAUACCGCUCCGCGUACAGGGCUAGAAACACGACAGAGAUUAUCAAGCUUCUGCAUGAUGACACAAUUGAAGCAUCGCCUCAAUUCCAAAAUGCACCACAAGCGCCGCACAUUAUCUUCGUGUUCUCCGGACAGGGCGGGAAAAUCGCUGGUUCGGCCCAGUCGUUGUACGACAGCAACAGCGCGUUUCGGGAUGCUUUAGACGACUACAACCAACUCAGUGAAUCCCUAGGUUUUCCCGGAGUCUUGCAAUACCUUAUUACCCCCCAUGCAGCGCAAGCUUCUCCGAGUACCGUGCUAGAACAGGUCGCACUUAUCGUGUUUGAGCUUGCCGUCAGCAAGAUGUGGAAGAGCUGGGGCGUUGCGCCCGCGACUGUACUUGGACAUAGCCUGGGAGAGUAUGCAGCUCUGCACUUAUGCGGCAUUCUCUCUGCUGCAGAUGCCAUUUGGCUUGUGGGCAAACGCGCAGGCUUGGUGCAAAAGUCUUGCCAGCCUGAUACCCACCGGAUGCUGGCUGUAUUGGCCGAAGAGGAACGGCUCACUCCGUUCCUUGCAGAGUACGCAGUCGAGGUUUCAUGCAGAAAUUCACGAGAUCAGACUGUAGUUGGUGGGCCAUUCGACAGUAUCUUGCAGUUGCAAAGCCGUCUCAAGGUACAUGGCAUCAAAAAUGCCUUGGUCAAGACACCAUACGCAUUCCAUACGGGUCAGAUGGACGGGAUUCUGGAGAAUCUGCUCGCUGUUGGUGAACAGGCUUCCUUUGCCAGUCAAACACAGAUCAACUUUGUGUCGACGGUGAAAGGGUCGCUGAUUGAUGCUUCCCCGUCCUGGCCUGAGCAUUUAGCCAAACACGCCCGCCAAUCUGUACUAUUUUCCGACGCCGUCGAGUCUGCGAUGUCACUCAGCCCUGGUCGGAAUACCAUAUUCCUGACGAUUUCACCAACAUCGAUGUGCAGAGACAUGACUGCGUCAAACAUCACUACCGGGCGAGAAAGCAUGGCCGAGGUUCUCGAAGCUACAGGAACCGGAAGUCAGGCAUGCCUUGACGCUAUCACCUCCAGCAUAACUAGGCUGUACAAUUCUGGGGUUGACAUUGACUGGAGCCGAUACCAUGGUUCGAUGGAACAGAGCGGAAGUCUGCUAGAAUUACCAGCCUACGGCUUUGAUCUAAAGAACUUCUGGAUUCCUUUAAAACAAAGCCGCCAUCUCCCUUCAUCAUCACCGUCAUUAUCGUCAUCCUCACUUUCAACACAACUGGAUACACCUAUGUCUGAAUGUUCACUCAACUUAGAAGACGACAUACACACGAUCGAGAAACCCAUUAUCACAAAUCUCCAAGAAGAGCCUCUGAGAAGCCUCAUAAUUGGUCAUGCAAUUCGCGACAAGGCCAUAUGCCCUGCAGGCGUGCUGGUUGACAUGGCCUUCGCUAUUGUGCUAGAAAGGAUCGGCAAACGGGUUGGCCUCGAGUCUAUCGGGCUGAGAUCACUACGCCUGAUCGCGGCUAUCACGAUAGACACUGAUACUGUCCACGAUUCCAUCCAGACUCUUGAAACAACAUUGCAGAAACGGACCGCAGCCCCAGAAUUCGAUGUCACUUUCAGCGGUGUCGAGCGUCAGGCUCAUCACGCAAGUUGCAUCCUGCGAGUGAUGGAAGAUACCAAUGGUAUGAGAGGCGAGCACACGACUCGCACACUCAUCCGGGCCGUCUCUCGUAUAAGUCAGCUGCAAAACAACACCGCUGCCAACCACUUCAAUGGGCAGAUGAUCUACAAGAUGUGGACGUCUGUCAUGCAGUAUUCUUCAGACUACCAUGUUCUCCGGAACCUCACACUAGCACCUCUCGGUUAUGAAGCCUGCGCGAAGCUUCAAACAACAUCAAUGGCGGGGCACGCAAACCGAGAGUACACCAUCGACCCGGUCUGGUUGGACGGUGCUAUGCAGGCAGCUGGCUUCACAGUGAACAUGAAUGUCGCUGCUGAUCCCGGAGCAGUAUAUGUUCUGACCGAGUGUGCUGCUAUCGACUUCUGGCAGCGCCCGCGAAGCAACAAUAUGUACGCUUGUUACGUCCACGGAGAAGCAGAUGGGUCUGCCGAUGUCAUCAUGAACGUCACAGUAUUUGACGAGGAGAAUGAAAUAUGCCCGGUGGCAGCUAUUAGUGGCAUGCGCUUCCACAAACUGAAGCAACGACCGGAAACCAAAAGCAAAAGUGGUAAAGGCUACAAGGAAGCCACAGUACGGAUGAACGGGGGUGAGCCCAGCAAUCAGGUCAUCUCGCCUACGACGAAGUUGUCAAAUUCAACUCCCUUUUCUCCUUCACAGAGGGCGAUACUCGACAUAAAUAAGUCAGUCGUCGAUUCAGGCCCAGCGAGCUUGAGUCAUACACUUAUUUCAAUACUGGCCAAAGAGACGCACGCAGAACCCGAUGAGAUUGGCCAAGACACCACACUUGCCGACCUAGGUGUCGAUUCCUUGGUGGCCCCUACCAUAUCAGAUACCAUUCGCGUCAAGUUAGGCGUUGAGAUUCCAUUGAUAGCUUUGCUAGAAGCUCAAACUAUCAGCGACGUUAUCUCGCUUUGCGCGGAUAUCGAUCCCGUAAAUGUCGAACCCAGACUAGUUAAAGAUGCUGCUGAGAAGUCCAGCAUCACAAUGGCGAAUAUCGCUCGGGUAUCAGACACAACAGCUCACUCUGCGAGUGCUGAGCUUUCCAGUAGAGUUGCUCUCUUGCAAGGAUCCAGUCAUUGCAAAUACAACUUGUUCCUCCUUCCAGACGCCUCCGGAAGCAGCUAUGUGUAUGCAGGGCUUCCGCCGGGUCUAUCUCAACAAACCGUCACGAGGAUCUAUGGCCUCGAGUCGCCAUUCAACGGCACGAGUGCCAUACCCGAUCUCUCAAUGGAUACAUACUGUUCACUAUUCGUCGCAGCGAUUCUCCGUAUCCAACCAACGGGACCGUAUCUGCUCGGUGGCUGGUCGAUUGGAGGGCGCCUCGCAUACGAGUGUGCCAGACAGAUUAUACAAUUGGGGCACAAAGUUUCGGGACUUCUCGUUAUAGAGUCUUAUGCGCGCUUGACGCCAAAUCUGUGCUUGGGUCCUGAGGCGAUCUCAGUUGAGCAUCUCGAGGCGACAGGGUUCUUUGGAUGGUCUGGAGGUCAUGCUUCGUCAAGCAUGGCUGAGUGGCAGAAGAACCACAUGCUACAUCUCAUCCUCAUGAACAGCGCCUUCAAACUUGCACCCCUUUACGAGGACAAGAAGGAGGACACUGCGAUAUUGCAGUUAGUCUGGUCGUCAAACGGCGACUUUUCGCUGUUCCCAACUAAAAUUUUGCAAAAAGCGCAGGAAUUGAGUAACGGAUCGUUUGGCAAUGCCGUAAACGGUGAUCAUGAAGCGUGGUUGAAGGAAUCACGACCGGAAAGAUCUAUAGCCUGGCUCACAGAAGAAUGGCGAGAGUUGGCAGGGCCACGUCUGAGGCAGCACGUCGUUGAGGGAGGACACUUUGACAUCAUGAUCCCAAAAGUGAACGAGGACCUAGCGCAUGUCAUUACAGAGGCAUUGAGAUCACUAAAUAGCGCCCUCGAGCAACUCGGCUUCAAAGUCUUCUCCUUCCAAGCAAUGUGGCCAACCUGGCAAGAGUCAAUCCCCCUCUGGACGGAAGCCAUCGAAGCAAAGUACCACAACCGCUGCAAACCCUACGGCCGCGCGGAAUUCGACAAGCUCCUGGGCGACUACGACGUCGUGAAAUGCCCGCACGCCCUCCUCUUCGCCGAGGACCUCGCCGCCGCCUACCCAGAAGCCCGCAUCAUCGUCUCCAAGCGCGACUACGAACCGUGGCGCGCCUCCAUGGAGAAAACGGUCUUCAAGCUGCGCCGCUCCCUCGUGUUCCGCCUGCUGCACCCGCUCGACCCCUUCCGCGCCGCGUGGUGGCCGUUCUUGCGGCUCAUCAUGGACACGGCGUACGGCGGGUGGGCUGAGGCGGUACCGGGCCGUAGGCCCUAUGACGAGCACCAUGCCCGUAUCGAGGCCAUCACGCGCGAGACGCCGGGGAGGAUGCUCGUCUUCUCCGGGCCCAAGGAUGGUUGGGUACCGCUGUGUGACUUUCUCGGCUUGCCGGUGCCGGAGGCGCCCUAUCCGUGGACGAACUCAGGAGCAGACUUUUUUGAGAAGCAGGGUCACCGCGCGGGCGAGAGGUUGUUGCUUCGCAAGCUGGCUGAGAGAGUGGCGGUCGUUGCAGGGGUUGGAUUAAGCGUGUGUUGGUUCCUGCGACGCCCAUAG